UAUCAGUAACAUACGGACCACGGACUAACCUAACCAGUUUGUAAUCACUAAUGUGGCAAAUGGCAAUGCACACAUAAUUUCUAUUUAGUAUUUUGGUGUAGUAUAGUCGUUACGAAAAUAGUCGUGUAGAAGUCUGGUGUGGCUAUUACACCCACUUCUCGUAGAUUAAACAUAAAUGUUUAUUCUAGGUAUGCUAUGCGUCUAUAGAGCUGCAGUAUUGCUAUUUCAUAUUUGCCAGUAUUGAGUAUGUCAAUAAUUGCCCAUGAGAACGGUAAUUACUAUUAUUAUCGUUCACGCUCAUUCAGAGUUUCAGUCAUUUAGUAUUUUUUACCAAUUCCACUCGAUUCAGUCACACACGUGAAGGUGAUGUUCGUGACUUAAAUUCAAUUCACUAUACAUAAUUUCAAAAUCAGUGCCCUUUUUUCGGCAUACCGUUUUGAAACGAAAUAACUUUACAAAGCUGUAAUUUGUAUUUUCAUUUUCAUUUGUGCUAUAUUUUAUUAUACUUAUACCAUUGCAAUGGUGAUGGAAAAAAUGGAACCUCCAAUUUAUAGCUGUCUAAUGUAUUGAAUGUAUAAAAACGAUUAGUGAACCAAAAUAUUAUUUAAAAAGUCAUGGAUUCUAAGUAUAAAUCAAAUAAUAAACUACUGAUUGAUGACCCUCAGUUUCGAAUUAAACCAGUACAACAAAUGGCUGCUGCUUGUACAGGAGCGUUAAUUACUUCCUUUUUUGUUACUCCAUUGGAUGUCAUAAAAGUACGCAUGCAAGCACAAUCUAGAAUAACAAAUAAACAUAAAUGUUUUUUUUAUUCCAAUGGUUUAAUGGAUCAUAUUUGUCCAUGUAAUAUAUUAAAAAAAAAUACCUUUGAUAGUCCUUAUUACAGAAAUAUCCAAUGGUACAACAGGCCUAGCCAAUUUAAUGGAACUAUUGAUGCUUUUAAACAAAUUAGCAAAAAUGAAGGAAUUUUAUCAUUAUGGAGUGGGUUAAGUCCGACAUUAAUACUUGCAGUACCUGCCACAAUUGUUUAUUUUGUAUCAUAUGAACAAAUACGAUGUUAUCUUCAUGAUUUAACUAAACCAUUUUACGCAAACAAUAAUCAAAAUCAACCUUUGUGGAUUUCUGGUAUAUCAGGAUGUGUAGCUCGUUUUGGAGCUGCUACAUCAGUUAGUCCAUUAGAACUCAUACGUACCAAAAUGCAAUCAAAAAAACUUAGUUAUUUAGAAGUCCAUCAAGCAUUGCAAAGUUUAUUAGAAUAUCAUGGCUAUAAAGGUCUAUGGAAAGGUCUUGGUUCCACACUUCUUAGAGAUGUUCCAUUUUCUGGUAUAUAUUGGGUUAUGUAUGAACAUAUUAAACAAAUAUCAGGCCAACCAACAUCAUUUAUGUACAACUUUUUAGCAGGGAGCAUAGCUGGAGCGUUAGCCGCAGCAUUAACAACACCAUUUGAUGUUGUCAAAACCAUUCGUCAAAUUGAAUUAACUGAAAAAGAAAUUAUUACAGUAGUUAUUUCAGAACCUCCUAGAAAAGCUUCCAAAUGGACAGUCAAAGCAAUUAUUGACAUAUAUCAAACAAAUGGAACUCGUGGAAUUUUCAGUGGUUUGGUUCCACGGAUUAUCAAAGUAGCACCUGCAUGUGCCAUAAUGGUAUCCACAUUUGAAUACGGAAAAACAUUUUUUCAAAAUAGAAAUAUGCAAAUAUAUUAUAAAAAUAAAGAGGAAAUUCUUUAAUAAAAAAAAUAUUUGUAAAAUUGACCAUGGUUAUUGGUUACCAUAGAAAUAUCAAAUAUAUUAUUAUGUGACAUUUGUAA